AUGGGAAUGUGGUCUUUUAUCAUAGUGUAUAUCAGAUAUAAUUGGUCCUUUAUCAAAUUGCUCUUAACUCAAAUAUUUGACUCUUUUAUUAGGGUUUAACUUUAAUAAUAGCUUUUAUUCAAUAUUUUUUAUUUUUUUCAAUCUUUUAAUUAUAAUUAUAAUAAUAAUAUUGAUAUUUUUAAAAGAAGUAAUUUUUUUGGUGACAAGGGAGCUUUGGUUUUAAGUUCUGCAUUAAGUGGACUUAAUAAUCUUUCAUCUUUGAAACUUGAGAUAAGAGAAAAUGAAAUUUCUGAUGAAGGUAUUUCAAAUAUAGGCUCUGCUCUAUCAAACUGCUCUAAUUUAAAAUCUUUAAAUUGUCUGUUUGCUAUUAAUAAAAUUGGAUAUAAGGGAGUACAAAAUCUAAGUUAAUCUUUAGCAAAAAUCUAUUAACUUUCAUCUUUAACUCUUGAACUCAAUACUAAUUUGAUCAAAAGAGAGGAUAGAAUUAAAUUGAAAAAUAAAUUUUUAAAGCUAAAUAGACUAGUUAAAAUUAAUACUCGUUUCUGA